CAACCACCUGCAGGGAUCCACAUCCAGGGGAACCAUGAUGAAGCCUUGCUUAGUCCUUGUUCUGUUUCUUGCGGGAGCUGCGCUGGCAGACAUUGAGAAGAGGAUUACUGGGAGUAAGGCUUGUGACAAGGAUAGGCAGUACCAUGUCCAGGUUGAAUCCGUCCAGGGGGGGAAAUCCUGUGGAGGCGCUCUGCUAAACGCCCGCUGGGUCAUCACUGCCUCUCACUGUGCAGAACAGGUUGUCAAUGUGAGAAUUGGCCUAAACAAUCAGGUGUCUGUUUUCACAAAAGCCUGGUCUUUCGUGAAAGGAUCCUCCAAAAAACUUCAACAACAAAUCAGUCUUGCACAGCAGUUUACCUUUAAAGAUGAUGAGGGGAAGCCUCAUGACAUCAUGCUCAUAAAACUGAAUGAGGACGUGUCGGCUAAUCUUCCAGUCAUUGAGCUCCCCCCUGUUGAGUGCACCAGACCGGAGCAAAAGCAGAAAGUUGAGAUUGGAGGAAUGGGACCAAAGAAAUCAGGAGGGAAAGCUGAGAAAAGCGUAAGGUGUGCCACCACAGAAAUAUCCGAAUGUGGGGAGAACGAUAAACCUGCUGAGAAGUACCACAGUGAUGAAUCCACCACCAUGUGUGCCCAGAAGCCUGCCGUGGAGACCUGCUUUGGAGAUGCAGGCUCCGCCGUGGAAUACAACAACGUCUUACAUGGAAUUAUUGUAAGCGAGCCUGCAGAUAAAUGUGUCAAUCCCAUUGUAAUGCUGGACGUCUGCUUCUACAGGAAGUGGAUUGAUGAAACCAUGCUCAAAUAAUCCACACAGGGUCUACUUAUAUUUAUGCCUAUCCAUUCUAUCAUAAAACUAAUAUUUAAAUUAUACUGAGGUGCAUGCUAUUUUCUGUCUAGGUUGCUUCUUUAGUUUCUUAUCAUCACUUUCUCUAAGUAAAUUAAUUUGCCUGUCGAGAGUCCAUAAAUGCUGUUAUCAUAAAUAUCUUAUCAUUAGAGGUUGGAUUUCCAUAACGGUGUAACCAAAUUUCAAAUUCCGGUCAUACUUUCACUUUCUAAUGUACAUAUGUCGGACUGACUGUUUUCACAUCACAGUUCAAAGCAGUGUCACAGGACCGGAGACUAUCUGAAAGACCCAGAAUGUACUACAACUCCACUAAUAAAAAUGAGAAUCGGA